UUGCUAUUUGCGUCACGUGACCUGGUGUUUCUGUUCAGCUCGGGAUUUCAAGAGGAGGAUGAAUGGGAGAAAUGGAGCUAGGAGGAAAACCAACAGGCUGCAGCAGGGCAAUGACAUGGCGGCAUUGGACCCUGAGAUUGCAACUGAGAUCAGAGAUCUUUUUUGUAAAGUUCGAAACUACUCCAAACCGUCAAAUGGGGAGUGGUGUAUCCCCAAUCCAAAUGAUGCUCUCAGAUACCCUACGAAGGAACACUGCCCUCUGCAGGCCCUGAAGCUCUCUCUGAAUGCUGUGAAGAACCAGCUUAGUGACAAGAAUGUCCAGAUCUGGCAUCAGCACACCAACUCCACCAAUCGUGCUGGGAAGGUUAUUGCUACUGUACGUUCUGCUGCCAAUGCAGAGAUCUGUACUCAGGCCUGGUGCAAGUUCUACGAGAUACUUGGAAAUUUCAACCUUCUUCCAGAGGAAGCACUUCAAUGUGGUGAGCUGAACACUGUUCAUUUGUGUGAAGCUCCAGGGGCUUUUAUAACUGCUCUAAACCACUUCAUCAAAAAUAGUGAAUCUACACGUUACUGUGACUGGAGUUGGGCCGCCAAUACUCUGAACCCUUACCAUGAGGCCAACAGUGGGAGCAGCACCAUUGCAGAUGAUCGGUUAAUUGCAAACACACUGCCAUGGUGGUUCUUUGGCUCAGACAACACGGGCGAUAUCAUGAUUCAGAAACACUUGCUGGAACUACAGGUAUUUGUGACUAAUAUGCCUCAUGUUGAUUUGGUGACAGCGGAUGGUAGUAUUGACUGCCAGGAAAACCCAGACAAGCAGGAGACUCUGGUGGCAUCUCUGCAUUAUUGCGAGGUCACUGCUGCACUGCUUCUGCUGAGCCUGGGCGGCUCGUUCGUUCUCAAAAUGUUCACUCUGUAUGAACACUCAUCCGUCUGUUUGCUCUACCUCCUGAACUGCUGUUUUCACUCUGUCAGUGUCUUUAAACCAGCCACCAGCAAAGCAGGAAACUCUGAAGUCUACGUUGUGUGUCUACACUAUGAGGGUAAGGAAGCUGUGAGGCCCCUGCUAUCAAAACUGAUUCGGAACUAUGGCGCAAGUCUGGCUGAUCGAGAGGCACUUUUCCCAAGUUUUGUCAUUCCACAGUCAUUUCUGAAACAACAUGAGGAGGUAUGUUCCUACUUUCACACGCUGCAGGUGAAGACUAUUAGAGAAAACUUGCAACUGUUUGAAAGCAUGAGCACAGAGCAGAGGCAGCGACUCGACUUCAUCAGGGAUUUUACAGCUCAGGAAUAUCUGCAGCGCUUCAAGGUGACCUUUCUCCCACGAAGCCGAUGGCUUUCUCGUAACACAGUGACUCCUGCCUGUUGCAGAGUCUCAGCAGGGAGACUUCUGGGACAGAAGCACCAAACUGGUUCCUUCAAUCAGAGGAAAGAACUGCAGACCUUGAGCUGGAAGGCACGUGUUGAGAGGGGCUGUCAUGCUACCUGGAUACAACAACACUGCACUGAGGCCAGUAGGCCAGGUUGUUUCCUAGAAGGACCUUGGGUUGAUUGUCAUGUGGAUUCCUGGUAUGUUGUUGUUGGUGCUGCGCUCUCUGCAGUCAGGAACUCUUCGUUCUGUGAAGGAGGAAUAUUGAACCACUUGAAUGAAGCCCUGGUGAGCACAGAGGUAGUCUGGACUGAAAUUCCUCCCUGUGACUCUUGCCUUGUCAUAAGUGCAGCCUCCAUCAUGUCAGACGUAACAGAUCUUUGCUCCAUCAGUGCUUCAAACCACAAUGAAAGCAACAAAGAGAAGAGGUGUCUGGUGUUUGGCAGUCGCUCCGUGUGGGGUGUCUGCGAGGGUCAAAUUGGGGAUUUAGUCUUAACGUUUUGUGCAGAACCUUCAUUUCCAGGAAGUGGCUGUGCUACACUGCAAGAUGGGGAGCGGCUGUACCAGCAGACGCUGCUGGGAUGUGUUGUGUACUCCCUGCAGAACCUCAGUUCUGGGGAUGCCCUGUUGCUACCACUGUUUUCUGCACUCACACGCAUCACUGCAGCAGUUGUACUCUGCCUGCAUGCAUCUUUUCGCACGGUGACAUUCAGGUGUCCGCCUCCGUCAUGUGCAGUUGGGGCAGUGCUCGUCUGUGUGGGCUUCUGUCCGGACUCUGCUGCCCGAAUACUCCCAGUUCUUACGGACGUCUAUAGCUGCAUGGACCAGUUGCUGAGCAAAGAGAAGGAUGCUGUUGAAAAUUCGUUGUCCGGAUGCGACAGGCAGGUCCUACAGUUUGUUCCUAUGGAGGAGCUGCUUGCAGGAAGAUUGACAGAUUUCUUGUGGACCAUGAACUCAGAAAUUAUCAAGCAAAAGCUGCAUUUGCUUAUGUAAGCAUGGCAUUGUUUACUGAGCUGUAAGUAUUCAUUCAUUUUCUAUACCAGCUUACUCCAAUCAGUGGUUACAGAGGGCUGGAGACUAUUGGGCCAAUUGCAGGGCAAGAGGUGGGGUACACCAUGGAUAGGCCACCAGUCUAUCACAGGCCUGGCACACAUAGACAAACAUUUUCUCACACACACCAGCAAUCAAUUUGGAGUCACCGGAGAACUUGCAAACUUCACACAGAAAGGACCAGGUUGAAGUGAAUCUGGGACCUUCCUACAGUGAGGCAACAGUAAGCCACUGCUGCCCUGCUGUGAAUAUCUGUGCAAAAUUUUUAGUUUGUACUAAAGCACAGUGUCUGACUACUGGGAUGUCAUUCUUUUGGAAUUUAUGAGUAAAUUUUUAUUUUUUUAUUUUUUUUAUUAAAUCUAACAUUGUUGAAUAUUCUCUCAGAAGAGAAGGCUUCAUGUUGUGUAUUAUUUGUAUUAUAGUGUUAUUCUCUCAGAAGAGAAGGCUUCAUGUUGUGUAUUAUUUGUAAUAUAGUGUUUUUGAAAUUGCUAAAACAUUUUUUUUCAAGUACCAAUAAUAAUUGACUACACUAUGUGAAAGGAAG